AUGAAGAAGUCAAGAAAAUCAAAUUUAAAAGAAGAUGAUUCAAAUAGAAUAGAUGUGUCUACUUUAUCAAAUACAUCAAGUGAAAGCAUCACUAGCUGUCUACGCUCAAGAUAUAAUGAGCUCAAGAUAUACACCAAUGUUGGCUCUCGUCAUAUCAUUGCUUUAAAUCCAUUGAAAGAGUUGCCAAUGAAUGAUGAUCAAGCAAGUUUAGAAUAUGUAGCAGCAUAUAAGGAUGCAACAGGACAUAAGCAAACACCUGAUCCUCACUUGUUCGAUCUUAUCAAUCGAACUUAUUUUCAUAUGAGAAGAACAGGAAGUGAUCAAGCGAUCAUGUUAAAGGGAGUAGCCGGCAGCGGCAAGUCCGAAAUUCGUAGAUUGACCAUCCGCCACCUUGUACGACUGAGUAGUCAUAAGAAGGAAUCCAAAGUACAAACGCAAAUUAUAGAAUCACAAAAAGUGCUCGAAGCCUUUGGUCAUUGCCAGACAAAUACAAGCUCAUCAGCAUCUCGUUUUAGUUACUAUGGUGAAAUUCAGUUCAAUGAAAGAGGCAGAAUGGUGGGCUCAAAGACACUUCAUUAUUCCUUGGAAUCUUCUCGUGUUACAAACUCUAGUAUAACGACUGCUUCGGAUGGAAAUUUCAAUAUAUUUUAUUAUUUAUUAGCUGGUGUAUCUCCAGAUGAAAGGUCCACUUUACAGCUAACCGAUCCAUCAAGUUAUCCCUAUCUACAAAAAUUCAAGAGACCUGUAUUACCAACGGACUCUCAGCGCUUUGAAGAUCUAAAGGUUGCCAUGAAACACUUGGGCUUCAAAAAGGAACAGAUUGGAAGAGUGAUCCAGUUGGUCGCUACUAUACUCCAUCUUGGUAACCUCAGCUUCGUAGACCCAACCGGUACCGGUACACAGGAAGCCGCUUUUGUCAAAAAUGCCGAGUUACUUGAUCUUGUCGCUGAUUUCCUGGGUCUCGAUCCUCAUGCGCUUGAAAAUGUACUGACAUUUAAAACGACGAUGAUUCGCAAGGACAUUACUACUUUAAUUUUAAAUGCACAACAAGCUGCUGAACAGCGUGAUGAACUAUGUCAAGUGCUCUAUUCCCUCUUGUUCUCUUGGAUCGUUGAAAAAAUCAAUAGCAAGACCUGUACAGAGGAAUUUAACAGCUUUAUCGGUAUCUUGGAUUUCCCAGGCCUUCAAUCGUAUUACCCAGUAGCAGGCUUUGAACAACUUUGUGUCAACUUGGUCAAUGAGCGCAUACAACAAUAUAUGGAUCAAACCCUAUUCCAGGUGGAAACAGAUGUUUUCAGAGCUGAAGGUAUUCACGUGCCCGAUAUCAACUAUCAAUCAACAGCCCUAGAUCUCUUGACCAGGCCCAAGGGUAUCUGCCACGAAGUGAACACAAUGACAGACGUCUCUAAGCGUGCAUACACUGAUAACAACAUCAUGGACUCCAUAAUCAAAUUCAAUUCAACACAUCCUGCUUUUUCUGUCAAGAAUUCAGACACAAAUGCUCGUCAUUUCGUCGUUCAGCACUUUGGAAAUACACCUGUCGAAUACUCCACCGAAGGCUUUAUCGCACAAAACAACAACCAGAUUUCUGUCGACUUCUUAUCUCUCUUCAAGGGCGGAAUGGAUGUACAGCCCUCUUGGAACUCAUUUGUCGUAGAAUUGUUUGCUAAUGUAAAGACGCAAAGCCACCCCAAACAUACCACCGCGAUCAUUUCGGCUCAACAAUCCGCUAAGCCGAUGAGAGCGCCCUCUCAGCGCAAAUCGACGCGUAGAACAAAUGGUAAUAAUGGAAGUAACGAAAAAGGAGGAUCCGACGGUACAGGUCCAACCACUGUCCUGGCACAAAUACAAUCCGCGUUGGAUGAAUUGAUUGAGUCGCUUGGAGAAGCUAAGCUAUGGAUCGUCUACUGCAUAUUGCCAAAACUUAAAGAAUCCGGUAAUUUUGAUACCAAGUUGGUACAAUCUCAAAUAGAUAUGUUCAAGAUACCAUCACUGCUUCAGCUUCCCACUAUACAGUAUGUUGAAUCGUACGAGCAUCAUGAGUUUUUAGAACAUUAUGGACAUCUGUUUGAAGGAUUAGAUACCACACGAUUACUUCGCUCUCAAUGUGAAAUGGCUGCUGGUAUCAUGGGUUGGACAGCCCCCAACAUGUCUAUUACACAAAACAAGGUCUUUUUGAGUGCAAUCGCAUGGAGAGAAUUGGAAGAUAAACUACGUUCGUAUGAGAAGGUCGAGCAGCGUCAAGCCAAAGACAGCAAUAAAGAAGGAGACACGGGCAGUGUAUCACAUCCAUUUGCAGCAGCAGCAGCAGCUGCAGGUCUUCCUCUGCCCCCUCAAAACUACUACGACAACGAUCACGGCUCAUUCUAUUCAGAAGACGAAUCUGGUCAAUACAUGGAGCAAGAAGGAUCAUUCUACGGAUCAGAAUCGUACGGUAGUCACCAGGGAGGAUUAGCGCUCAUUCCUCAACAGGCGCCAGUGAUAGAAAACAUAAAUGAAACCGAAGAGGACGAAACCAAAAUGAGUGCAGGCCGAAAGCGCUGGCUAUUCUUUGUCUAUUUUUGCACUUGGUGGAUUCCUUCCAAAUUCUUGGUCUGGUGUGGUCGAAUGAAGCGUAAGGAUAUUCGUGUCGCCUGGCGUGAAAAGGUGACACUGUGUAUGAUUAUCUUUUUGAUGUGUGCCUUUGUUAUCUGGUUCUUGGUCUUCUUUAGUGAAGUGAUCUGUCCCAAACAGCAUAUAUACUCGCUUGCCGAAUUAGCAAGUCAUGACAAAACUAACUCUAAGGGCGCCUAUGUUGCUAUACGCGGUGAAGUAUUUGAUCUUACCAAAUUCGCGCCGCAUCAUUAUCCUAUGAACCUCGUACCUACCUCAUCUGUGAUGGAAUAUGGUGGACAGGACGUGACCAACCUGUUCCCCGUUCAGGUAUCUGCUUUAUGUCCAGGUGUAUCAGAGUUUGUCUCUUUAGAUUACCAGAUCAACUUGACAGACACAAACGGUCAAUACCACGACUUUAGAUAUUCGUCUGAUGUAUAUAACCCCAACUGGUACUAUGAUCAGAUGACAAUGCUCCGAAAGAACUACAAGGUGGGAAAUAUGGGUUAUGAGUACAAGGCUAUCUCAGAUCAAGCUUCGGCAGCCACGACCAUCAAUGGUAUCAAGGCCUUACGUAUCUGGGCUGUUAUUAAUGACAGAAUCUACGAUCUCACUUCGUAUACUAUGGGUGGACGAUAUGCGCGUGGCCCUCCUGGAACGACACCACCUGCAGAUAUCAAUCCAAACUUUUUGAGCCAACAAGUGGUUGAUCUAUUUCAGCAACACUCGGGACAAGAUAUCACCAACGCUUUUUAUAAUCUGAAUCUUGACCAAGCAAGUCUGCAACGAGAGCUCGUCUGUCUUCGAAACCUGUUCUUUGUGGGAUAUGUCGAUUCAAGAAAUUCAACUAAAUGCCAGUUCUCAGAGUACCUCUUGCUUGUUGUUACUUGUCUUUUAGCCGCCGUCAUCGUCUUCAAGUUUGUAGCCGCUAUUCGAUUUGGCGGUAAGCGUGCGCCCGAAGAACACGACAAGUUUGUCAUUUGUCAAGUGACAUGUUAUACUGAAGACGAAGAAUCGCUACGAAAGACUAUAGACUCCAUUGCUCGACUUCAUUACGAUGACAAGCGUAAACUGUUGUUCGUCAUCUGUGACGGUAUGAUUGUGGGUAGUGGUAACGAUCGACCUACGCCUCGUAUUGUCCUUGACAUCUUGGGUGUUGAUCCCCAAGUGGAUCCUGAGCCUCUGUCUUUUGUCUCUGUUGGUGAAGGAAGCAAGCAGCACAACAUGGGAAAGAUCUAUUCUGGCUUGUAUGAAGUGGCCGGCCAUGUCGUGCCUUACAUUGUCGUGGUCAAGUGCGGUAAUCCUCGUGAACGCCAGAAGCCAGGUAAUCGUGGUAAGCGAGACUCUCAGCUGGUCCUCAUGCAGUUCCUCAACCGUGUUCACUAUGAUGCACCUAUGAAUCCUCUACAGCUCGAGAUCUAUCAUCAGAUGAAGAAUGUUAUUGGUGUCAGUCCGGAAUUCUAUGAGUUUGUUCUCAUGGUUGACGCAGAUACAGAAGUGAUGCCAGAUGGUCUCAAUUACCUUGUUUCAAGUGCGGUACAUGAUUCAAAAAUCAUUGGUAUCUGUGGUGAGACAACACUCGCAAACGAGAAGGAUACCUGGGUAACGAUGAUUCAAGUAUAUGAAUACUUUGUCUCCCAUCACCUCAUCAAGUCGUUUGAAUCUCUCUUUGCCACUGUCAGUUGUCUUCCAGGUUGUUUUACCAUGUAUCGUAUUCGUACUGUCGAUGGUAAGCGUGCUCUCUUUAUCAGCAACGAAAUUAUUGCCGACUACUCUGUGAAUGUCGUCGAUACAUUACACAAGAAGAACUUGCUGCAUCUUGGUGAAGAUCGUUAUCUGACCACGUUAUUAUUGAAACACUUUGCUAAUUUCAAGACCAAGUUCAAUUCAGAUGCUCAAUGUAAGACGAAUGCUCCCGACACAUGGUCCGUCUUGGUUUCUCAACGUCGUCGAUGGAUCAACUCUACGAUCCAUAACUUGGGUGAACUUGUCUUCUUACCUCGUCUCUGUGGUUUCUGUUGUUUCUCGAUGCGUUUUGUCGUUUUACUUGAUUUGAUCAGUACAGCAGUCAUGCCUGCACUCUUGGGUUAUUUAGGCUAUCUGAUUUAUACCUUGGCUACUUGGGAAGGCAGUGUGCCGAUCAUUUCCAUUGCUACGAUUGCCGGUACUUAUGGUCUUCAAGCUUUGUUGUUUAUCAUCAAGGGUCGUUGGGAAUUUAUCAUGUGGAUGAUUGUUUCCUUAUUCGCCAUGCCUGUCUUUUCAUUCUAUAUUCCCAUCUAUUCUUACUGGCAUUUUGACGACUUCUCAUGGGGUAACACACGUAUCGUCGUUGGUGAAAAGGGCAAGAAGGUAGCUGUCACGGCUGAUGAAGGCACAUUUGAUCCUAAAUCCAUUCCUACCAUGAAAUGGUCAGAAUAUGAACAACAAAUACUGUCAGAGGACCGUUGGAGUGAUAAUGUCUCUCAGAGCAGCGGUUAUACCCACGGAAGCCGAGGCAAUUAUCCUCGUCCUGGACCUGGUUCUGUGUAUGGUGCUGCUUCUGGUAUGAUGAUGAUGCCUGACAACAUGAGCGUUCAUUCAUCGUCGCGAAGUGUCGCUCAACAACAACAACAAGCACGUCAAACUAUGGGCUUUGAUCACAACAGCAUGAUCUUCCCUUCAUCCGCUUCUACACCUAUGAUGCCUUAUACGAACAACAGCACGUCCAUGCUUCCUUCUAGUCGAUCCAUGGCCUCAUUUGCUCCUGCUCAACAAUUCAAUACGCCUGGUCAAUACAUUCCCAUGCAGAACUCAUCACAGUUCAAUAAGGCUGGUAGUAGCCGUUCGCUGAUGAUGGACGGAUUUAAUACAGAGGGUCCCAAGAAUGAGGAGAUUAUGCAGCAAGUACAACGUAUACUUGAAACUGCGGAUCUCACCAAGGUUACAAAGAAACAAGUGCGUGAAGAGCUACAAAAUAUCUUUGGUGUCUCUAUGCAAAGCAGAAAAGACUAUAUUAAUGCUUGUAUCGAAAGCGUCUUACAGAAUCGGGUAUAA